AUGAAAAUUUAACAUUAAUAACAAAUCUUUGUUUAACAUUUUAAUAAAAGAUAGAUGAUUUUGUUUAAGCAGAAUGGAUAAGUUAUUGAAAAUCUAUCUAUUCCAGUAAGAAAAAAUUAAAAUUUUUAUUUCAAUACUGUACGGAUUAAAUAACAUAUUAAUAUUUUUUAAAUUUUAACUUAAUAAUAUUACUAAUUUUUCAAAAGAAUUAUAAAAUAAUUGGUGGUAGCUGUGAGAAUCGAACUCACGCAGAUAUAAUCCCAGCGAUUUUAACUCGCAUGCCUUAACCUCUCGGCCAAGCUACCUGAUUGA